AUGACACCUCGUAUGCGCAAUUUCAAACUAAAGUCUAGUUUCUAUCCUCCUCCUCCAAACCCACCGAAGGCGAUCAGGGCGGAGGCGACCUAUAUGGGCCGCGACCCGCUCAUCGGCCUGGUGGGCAAGCCGUCGGCCGGGAAGAGUACAACGCUCAACUCGCUUACCGAUGCUUCCUCCAAGGUUGGCAACUUUCCCUUCACGACAAUUGAUCCUCAGAGGGCCAUCGGUUACCUACAGAUCCCUUGCGCAUGUGCGCGGUACGGGCUCGAGGACAAGUGUAAGCCCAACUAUGGUGCCUGCGUCGAAGGCCGGCGCUCGGUCCCCAUCGAACUUCUCGACGUCGCCGGUCUUGUACCCGGAGCCCACGAGGGUCGCGGUCUCGGCAACAAGUUUUUGGACGACCUACGACACGCCGAUGCGCUCAUCCACGUCGUCGACGCUUCCGGCACCGUGGACGCCGAGGGCAAGGAGACCCGCGGAUACGAUCCCUCCGUCGACAUAGCAUGGCUCCGGAGCGAGAUAGUAGCCUGGAUCAAGGGCAAUCUUAUGGACAAGUGGAACUCCAUAAAACGGAGACACGUUGCCAUCAAGGCGACGGCGGCCGAGACGUUACAGGCGCAAUUCUCCGGCUACGGCGCGACCACGACGAUAGUGAAUCGCGCCCUGGACAAGACGGGGAUCAAAGAGCCCUUGGAGCACUGGAGCGAGGAGACGAUCGAUCUAGUGGUGAACGCGUUCACGGACGAAAAGUUCCCCACGGUUCUGGCGCUGAAUAAGAUCGAUCACCCGGACUCGGAUAAGAAUAUCGUGAAGAUUGCCAAGAUGUACCCACAUGUUGUCCUUUGCUCGGCCAUCUCUGAGGUCUUUUUACGGAAGAUGGCGAAGCAAGGCUACAUCAAAUACACCGAAGGCGGCGAGUUUGUCGAUACGAGGGAGGACUUAAUAGAGGCGGGCGACCCUGAAGGCGGUGGACUCAAGGAACUUGACGACAAGAACAGGAACAGGAUAGAAAACCUGAAAGAUAUGGUGCUCUAUCGGUUCGGAUCGACGGGCGUCGUCCAGGUUCUGACGAAAGCGGCGGAAGUGCUGGGACUUGUCCCCGUCUUCCCCGUGAGGAACACCACCACGUUUGGGGCGUCGGACUCGAAAGCGGUAUUCAGGGACUGUGUUCUGGUCAAGAAGAACUCGACGGUGGGCGAUGCGGCGAGGAAGGUCAUGGGCGACGCUCCUAUUGCUUACAUAGAAGGCGCGGGAGGUAUUCGGGUAGCUGAAGACGACAUGAUCGCUGUUGGCAAGAACGAUAUCCUGUCCUUCAAAAUCGGCAGGGCUUGA